UUCCUUUCCUGUCGGCCAUUUCUCGCAUACGACUUGUAGGCGACCUGUACAACCUGCCAAAAUGCAGAACGACUCUGGUGAAUUUGUGGACCUCUACGUCCCCCGUAAAUGCUCUGCCAGCAACAGAAUCAUUGGAGCCAAGGACCAUGCCUCCAUCCAGAUCAACAUUGCUGAGGUUGACAAGGUGACCGGACGCUUCAAUGGUCAGUUCAAGACCUACGCCAUCUGUGGCGCCAUCCGCAGAAUGGGUGAGUCUGAUGACUCCAUCCUGAGGCUGGCAAAGGACGACACCGUUGUUGCAAAGAACUUCUGAGUGUAACAUUGGAUCUGUGGAAACUUUGUAAAAAUAAAAUGGGGAAAAAAAAAACAUUGCUGUUUUUUGUGAUUUUUUUUUU